UUAUUCAAAGUGUCCGGUGUAUUAAAUAAUAUUAAAUAAAUGAAUAAUAAAUUAAGAGCAGAGAGGAGGUGCAACAAUUGUUCUUGGACUGCAGGAUGAGGGAGGCGGAGUCAGUAGGGCUUUAUUAAUGAGUUUAUUAAUGAGCACUGACAGGAAGAAGCUGUUUUUGUGGCCCAGAUGAAAGGGGCUCACUGUCUAUGUCCAGGGUGAGAGGGAUCAGCUACGGUUUAUUGGAUUUUAUUGUGUUUGUUUGUGUGCAGUUCAUAAAGCAGUUGGAGUUUUUAAAUGACGCUUUAGACUGUUGGCACUUUACAACCAUUACUUUUUUAAUUGGCUUUACUGACUCAUUACCAGCAUUAGCAGUGUCAAGUGGUACUACCUAAAUUGUCACUGUAUUUGCAAUGAAAGCAUUUAAAUAUCUAAGAAAUGACAGAUAUUUAAACAAAAUAUACAAUGUACCUUUAGAUGUAUCAUAUUGACAAUCUUUAUAUUAUAUUUAAUAUAUUCUGUUUUGAUUUAACCUCGUUUGCAAUUUUUUUUUUUACUAUUUAAUACAUUUCUACCAAUUAACUGAGCCAGAUGAAAUCAUCAAAUCAUUACAGUUUGCUUAUUUUUAAAAUGUGUUUACUAUUGAGAAAGCGACGGACAGGCUGACUAACUGAAUGAGCCUGCAGUAAAUCACAUUCAUUUCUUACACACUUACCAUAAUGCCUUUCCCACGUCCGUAAAACAAGGGGGCAGGCCUCCCCCAUUCCAAAAACACAACAUUCAAUAUAAUGCCCACUUCUAUUGACAGGAUGCUAUGCUAUGCUAUCUAAAGAUCGGAUAUUUAUGUCUCUAUUACAACAGACAAAAAACACAGUCUUCUGUCAUGUUGUUGACAUGGAUGGUGAUGCCUUUAGUUUAUUGCAGGACUGUUUGCACGGCACGGGUCACAUCUGCUGUGGGAUGAUGACAAGGGGAAAGCCAAAUGGAACAUGAGGUAAGUACUUACUUGUGUACGUGAGUGAAUGCGUGUGUGCACGUAAGUGCGCGCGCUCAUGCACAUGCGGAUGAACGGUAGGACUAAUGAGUCUCCUGUGAGCUAUUAUCUGUACUUUAGCUCAGCACUCUGCCAUGAUAAAAGCCAACAUCCCAGUCCCUAACAGGAGUCCACACCACAACACACCUCUGCCAAUUCCAGCGAUAACGCACCCACUAUGAAGUGCAAACCUCGUCUUGGUUCUUUAAUAACAUGUGUCACUGGAUUCAUUUUUUUGGUGGAAAUCUUAAAUGGACUUGGAAUCACUACGGUGUUUGUAUGAUUCUCAGAUUGUGAGCCAUUUCUGUAUGAAGUGGGUUCACACAGACUUUUCAGUAGACUAUGCGCACCGGCACUACAGUCUAAUUCUGUCUGACUGCUAAGCUAAUUAUGAGAUUGGUUUUAGGGUGCAGAGCGUCAGCUUAGAGUGUUGUGAACUACGUCCAAGACGACCAAGAUCCAACCCUUGAUCCACAAACCAAAGCGUUUCUAUGUGUCUCUACGACUUGCCUACCUAUCGUAUCGCAUCCACAUGUACACAAUGUGGCUCAAAGCUUUGUAAGAUACAACACAACGUGUAACAAGAUGUACAUUAAAAUAGAAAUAAAUGAUCACACUCACUGUGUGUGUGAGAGAGAGACAGAGAGAGAGAGAGAGUGUAAUCCCUUGGAGUGGAUGAAGAUAAUUCCAGGGUGGAUAUGGCUUUAUAGAGUUGGAUGUCAUGCGUUAAACACCGACUGGAGCUCAGCGGAGCGCGAUGGACGCGAGCUAGGUCGAUGGUAGAAUGGCCCCUUUAUCCCACAUGGGUCUCUGAGGGAUGGCAACGUUCCACCAGCAGCAUCAGCAGCAGUUGCGCGCGGAGCUGCGGCAGCUCCUCCAUCGGCUCACAGUCGCGUCCUCUCUGAGCCUCCUGUGCUUCUCCUUGGUUUACCUGCUCGCCGGAUGCGGCGAGUCACAGCUGGCAGAAAACACUGACAUCAAGGCGCCCGCGCGCGAGUUUCUGGGGUCGGGGUCAGGAUGGCCGCACGAGAGGAACGGGACAAGCCUUGUCGAGGACGCUGCCAGUCCCGGGCUGGAGGCGAACAGCUCAGGGAGGGACCUGACCGCCACCAGAAGGCUGCCGCAGGCUCUGAUCAUCGGGGUUAAAAAGGGAGGCACCCGGGCUCUACUGGAGUUUCUGCGGCUCCACCCGGACAUCCGAGCCGUGGGUUCGGAGCCGCACUUCUUCGACCGGCAUUACGCACGGGGGCUGGACUGGUACAGAAGUAUGAUGCCCAAAGCCCUGGAGGGUCAGAUUGUUAUGGAGAAGACGCCUCGUUACUUUGUUACUUAUGAAACGCCAGCACGAGUCCAUGCCAUGUCACAGGAUGUAAAGCUGAUUGUGGUCGUCCGUGAUCCCGUGUCCAGAGCCAUAUCUGACUACACACAGAUCAUCUCCAAGACCCCCGACAUCCCUCCCUUUGAGAGCUUGGCCUUCAAGAACUGCACCACAGGUCAGAUCGACACUCUGUGGAGCCCACUCUGGAUCGGCUUGUACGCCCAGCACCUGGAGCGCUGGCUGUCCUGGUUUCCUAAGACUCAAAUCCAUCUCGUCAGCGGGGAAAGGCUCAUCUCUGACCCAGCAGGAGAACUGGGACAGGUCCAGGACUUUCUGGGUCUCGAGAAGAUUGUCACAGACAAACACUUCUACUUCAAUAAAACGAAAGGCUUCCCCUGCCUGAAGAAGCCAGAGGGCAGCAGUAAACCUCACUGCCUGGGGAAAACAAAGGGGAGGACUCAUGCCUCCAUUGACCCCGAGGCAAUGCAGAGACUGAGGGUUUUCUAUAAGCCGCAUAACCAGCGAUUCUAUCAGAUGGUGGGCAAAGACUUUGGAUGGCAGUGAUUCUCUAAUUUUGCCGAUUACGGAACUUGGUUAUGAAGUCCAAAUGAGUCAGUUAACCACUUCCAGCAGUGGAAAUUUCAGGAAUUUAGAAAAAAAAGUAGUAGCAGCAGUAUCAAUACCAGUGGUCCCCAAACUAAUGCCCACCUCCACAUUUGGCCCGGCCCACUGAACAAUACCAGAGACUCAUUAGGAUUUUUUUCAGUCUGUCCACGCAAAUCCUAGACUAGCCCCUGUCAAAUAGAACGGAAUAAUGGAGAAAAGGUUAGGUAAGAGAACAAUUUAUUCAGAAUGCAGGGUAUUUAACCUGCAGUGGUCAAACGAUUAUUUUUUUUGUUCGAUGCAAAGAAAAGACUGUUUGUCUCAUGUGUCAAGAGGCGGUGGUGGUAUUCAAAUACAAUCUGCGCCGACACUAUGAAUCCUGUCAAAAAGACGGUGAUAACCAGAGAGGGUUAUUUGGUUAUUUUUUAUUUCAUUAAUAGUGUUAUUUACUUACUAACUUUUUUUCUGUGAAGAUCCCGGAAAGGGUUAUUAAUAUUUGGUUAUGUGUGGCUUUCUGGAAAACAAAUGUUUACAUUUAGGCACCCCUGCGAUUGUUACAAACAAAAAGUUAUGUAGGACCCCUGAUCAAUACAAUCACCUAUAUCCAUUCAUUAACCAUUAAUAUGGUUCAAUGGUUUGAAAGACAGCAGGGUCAUUUUAUUUAUCAUCGAUGUUCAGCAAAAUAUGGACUUUAAUGGUAUCUCAUUUGGUAGUCUACUUAUUCCUCUGCCAUGUGGUUUGAUAACUGUGAAAAGUCACGAGUCAGUAGUUGCAAUAUGUUACAGCUGGAUGCUGAAUACACAGUUGAACUCAGUGUCUCCAGUUGGCAGUUUAAUCCUGAUACUCUAGUUAAGUCGUUCUCAACUGGUGGGUCCCGUUUUAAGUGAGUCGCUGGUCUGGGAUGCGGGUCUGGGCAUGCACGAUUCAUUUACAGUCUGGACG